AUGGAAGUUGGCGCAUCUAUAGUCGGUUUACUCUCGGCAGGGGCGAGCAUCGCCAUCGCGAUAAACGAUUUCGUAACUAGCUGCAAUAAUGCACCACUUUUUGCGCAAUCGAUUCUCCACGAAACGCUCGAAUUUAGCUACGCCCUUGAGAAAUUACAACAUUUAGUCGUAGGACCACAAGCUACCUCUCUUGACCAAUCUAGAACAUCAAUGAUUGAUGUCAACCAUCUCUCAUUGACACUGGUUGGAUGUGUUUGCACGUUUUCACAACUUGAGAAGGAGAUUCAGCGCAUGAAGCUUAGCGGUAAAUUUGGAAUCUUGGAUCGUGUGAAAUGGUCCUUCAUAGAGCGAGAUGUUUGCUCGAUCAUUCAACGCAUCCAGAAUCACAAAAUGUCCUUGAUGCUGAUUCUCACUAUCCUGAACGGAUCGGCCACCGAAGCAGCGAGCAGUCGGGAGAGUCUUAAUACGCAUCUGUCCAGAACGAUAUCCUAUACUCCAAGUUCCAUGCCUAUUGAUGAUGACUCAAGCUCAGUCACGAGCAACUCUAGCCUUUCCCAGAAGUUAUACCGCCAUGCUUUCGAGUCCACACUGUUCGUUAGCCGUCCCUACAUUAGAGGGAGGAGAUUCGACGAUGCCCAAUCGGCGUUCUCUAUUGCAACAUCACAGCGGCCAAAGGGGUGGUGGUCUUUAUAUACCGGGAAGUCCAACGACUCAGUACUCUCCUUACCAGUAUCCGUCACAACAAUCUCGGGCACAAGCCUGACCGAGAUACCAUCCAUUUGUAACUUAUCAUUGCCGGUGCCCCCUGAUGCCCUACUGAACUCUCUUCCGAACCCCUUCAAGCCCGGAGACCCCGGAGACCCUCCCCCUCCCCGGCCCAGUGGCUCCACCGAUCGCGAUAGACUGACACCGAGGAAUGAUACUUAUCAUUUGGUUUCAUUCCGCCCUUUUCUGCUUAAAGCUGCUAGACAAGGGCUUAAUACAACAGUGACAAUGCUUCUAGACAACACAGCAGAUAUGAGUAUCCAAAGAACGCAGCGUCACCUGGAUGAUGCGCUACACGUGGCGAUGGCUCAUGGACACGAAGAAGUCGCACAGAUCCUGCUGGAGCGAGGUGCACGCAUUUCAAUUGAGCCAACCAGUGUCUCGAGUGGUGCUCAUGGGAAGGAGAAGAAAAUCGAUGAUACUCCGCCGCGCCAAACCGCACACAUGACUAAGCUUCUACGGGUAGCGAUAGUUGCGGGAGAGAUAGAUAAUGUGGCGCUACAGCUAGAUAAUGGUGCAGCCAUUGAAGAUGUUGAUCACAAUGGAAAUACAACUCUACAUCUGGCCCUUGGCAUUACUCGGAAGGAUAAUAAGGACAAAAUUAUUAAGCUCCUCUUGCACCGAGGCGCGGCCGCUGAUACGAGGAACAAACAAGGACUCACGCCCCUACAUCUGGCGGCGAAAGGUGGCCAUAAUGACGCCAUGAAACUCCUAUUAGACCGAGGGGCGGCUAUUGAUGCGAGAGCCCCCGGGGAAAUGACAGCCCUUCAUCUGGCGGCAGAGUACGGCGACAAGAAGCCCGCAGAGCUUCUAUUAGACAGAGGGGCGGCUAUUGAUGCGAGAACCGACGCACGGCUGUCGAAAACGACAGCCCUACAUCUGGCGGCAGGGCGCGGCCACAAGAACCUCGUAGAGCUCCUGUUGGACCGAGGGGCGGACAUCGAUGCGAUAGAUAAUCAACACAACACUGCUCUACACCGAGCGCAGGCGGGGGGUAAGAGGGACGUUAUAGAACUUCUCCUGGACCGAGGUUCGGCAAUUGAGGCGAGGAACGAAGAUAAACUCACGCCUCUACAUCUUGCGGCGAAACACGGCUCCAGGAACACCAUAGAGCUCCUAUUAGACCGAGGGGCGGCUAUUGAUGCGAGAGCCUUCGGGGAAAUGGGAGCCCUGCAUCUGGCCGCAGAGCACGGCCACGAGAUGCCCGCAAAUCUCCUGUUAGACCGAGGGGCGGCUAUUGAUGCGAUAACCUUAGGCCAAACGACAGCCCUACAUCUAGCGGCAGGGCACGGCCACAAGAACCUCGUAGAGCUCCUGUUGAACCGAGGGGCGGACAUCAAUGCGGUAGACAAUCAACACAACACUGCUCUACACCUAGCGCAGGUGCGGGGUAAGAGGGACGUUGUGGAAGUCCUCUUGGACCGAGGAUCGAAAAUUGACGCGAGAAACAGAUAUGAACUCACGCCUCUACAUCUUGCGGCGAAACACGGCUCCAAGAACACCAUAGAGCUCCUAUUAGACCGAGGGGCGGUCAUCGAUGCGAAAGACAAUCAACAUAACAUGGCUCUACACCUAGCAGUACAAGUGAAGGGUAAUAGGGACAUUGCGGAACUUCUCUUGGACCGAGGCGCGGAAAUUGAGGCGAAAAAUGAAAAUGGAGAUACGCCGCUAUGGUUAGCAGUGGUAGCCGCCGAGAAGGCCACUGUACAGCUGCUGCUGGACCGAGGCGCAGCUAUUGAGGUGACAAACGAAGAUGGAUAUACACCUCUACAUAUUGCUACUUUGGAUGGAACGAUGGAUAUCGUAAAGCUGCUGCUGGCUCGAGGUGCGAAUAUCAACGCAAGAUCUCCGACUGAACGAACGCCAUUACACUUCGCCGCCCGAUUUGAUCAAGAGGGUAUUGCCAAAAUUCUACUUCUUAACGGCGCAGACGAAGAACGCCCACGGCUGAUUCUGAAGAGAUCGAUCUUUCUUCGACAUCAUAUCAGCUCCUUCAUGUUUUCAUCUUCCUAUCUCUACUGCACCUCAACUGAAACACAACCUACUGUCGUCUUACCUUUCACCAGUCGGUCGUACCUCAUCAGCUCUCUCAAAUCUAGUCUAAGGUAUACGACUAAGAUGGCUCAGCUCACCACCAAGAGUUACCGGCUACAAUACUUUAGCACCCGAAUAAGUAAUUCAUGA